AUGCUAUUAUUAUUGCGCUGUCUGCGAGUUGGUAGCUAUGCUCGCACGCUGAAACCAGCUUCUUCGUUGGAGUUCGCCGACGCUAAUCCUGAUCUCGACUGCUGCGAUUUUGGAGACUGGCAGGUCUUCGUUGGCCAUGGUUUGAUGAAUGGGCUCGUAGCUGCUUCGUCCACGUUCAACCAGCCAGAUGGAAAAAUUGAUCAGAUUUAUGGAAUCAAUGAAGAACUGUUAAAUGCAUUCGUGAAGCGAUGUCAAAAGUCAUAA